UUCCGUCGGAGAUUCACGUCGGCAGAGCAGUUCUUCGCUUGCGUCGUCUACACAACCACCAGAACCACUCUGCAACGCCAACACGCCUCAUAAAAAGACGUCUUCCCUCCCAAUUCUCGCAGCUCCUCUCUCCUCACAUCACUCGUCUUAUCUAUUACUAUUUACCUCACGUUACUACUACUACUACUUCUUCUCAUCGUUGCCAACAUGACGAAGCUUGCCCUCCUCACUCCUCUUCUUUUCCUCUCCGCCGCCCUGGCCCUCCCGGUCCCCGGACACAUCCAAUACCGCUUGGAGAAACUGGAAGUCAGCAUUCUGGGCGUGGUGAACGGCAUCAACAGCCACGAGGCCACCUUCACGCACGCCGACUACCAUGCCGGCGAGGACCAUUUCAACCAACUGCUCGGCAAACUAUCUGGAUCGUUUGCUUGUUCCUCCUCCACAGCCUCCUACCAGGCCGACUCGGAGGACCGUGUUGUGGAUUCGCUGCUGAGUGCCCGACGGAACCUGCUGGAGCUAGCCGAUGAACUGGUCGCGGACGACAAACUGGCCGCGGAAUCAAUACUGACUGACGUGUGUAGGGCCUUCGAUCACUAUCGCGCGGUACACCCGUACAUCAAGAGCUUAUAGAACAAGGUGGGUAAUGGGUAGGUGUUUUACAAGGAGUCUGCGAAGAGAAGGACAUUGUACGAUUACGGGUCACGACGAAUAAUGAUGGGCUGGAGAUAGAAACUACUAAUGACUAUAGAUGCUAUAUAGAGA